AUUUCAGAUGCAUUAUUAAGAUUAAAACAUUCAAAUGGAGGAUAUUUACCUGAUAUAACAAUGUUUUCACCUGAAAGACAAUCAGGAACUCAUAAAAUAAUUGGUCCAGUUUUUACUUUUGUGCCUAUAUCUGAUGUCACCUCACCAAAACCCGAUAAUCACUUUGCUGAUUCUGCUCCAGAGAAUAGUGUAGUGUUUGUAUCUGCACCACCAAAUGCUAUAAAUGCUGUUUGGGGAGGAUUGAUGAAUACUAGAGCUAAAAUGAGAGGUGUAAAUGGUGUGGUUGUUGAUGGUCGUAUUCGUGAUCUUUCAGAAAUACGUUCAGAUGUGUUACCUGUUUUUGCAAGGUCUACAUCAGUAUUGUCAGCAAAAGCUUAUACCAGACCCACUACAUUAAAUCAACCAGUCAUUCUAAAUGGUGAUCAUAAUCCCACAAUUGUGAUUAAUCCAAAUGAUAUUAUAGUUGGUGAUUUGGAUGGUGUUGUUUGUAUACCAUCAGGAUUGUUGGAUGAGGUUAUAAAAUUGUGUAAGAAAUAUGUAGUUAUGGAUGAAAACGUUAGACAAGAAUUAUUAAAGGGGUCCUCAAUUGUUGAAGCAUUUUCAUUACAUCGUGCUGCUUAA